GCCUGAUGAUUCAACAUCAUUUAAUCCAAGAGGAAUGACUACAUGAAUUGACAGUUACUUCCUGCCACAGUCAUGCAGGUUACUGGAGUACUUUGCAAUCCACAUUGGAAUGUGUCAUCCUAUUUGUGAUUUUUUCCUUUAAAUGAACAAUGAGAAAGAAAUGUUAUCGCUCAUAAAGGAUCUACUCUUGUGCUUCUAAUUAUAAACUUGGAAAGCCUAAGUUGUGUUCUGGACCUGAACUCAUCUGCCCAAAAGCAAGUUAUAAUAAUCAUGGCUUCAGUUUGGAAACGACUGCAACGUGUAGGGAAGCAUGCAUCCAAGUUCCAAUUUGUGGCUUCGUACCAAGAAUUAAUGGUAGAGUGCACAAAGAAAUGGCAACCUGACAAACUUGUAGUGGUUUGGACAAGAAGAAGCAGACGGAAAUCUUCCAAGGCUCAUAGCUGGCAACCAGGAAUUAAAAAUCCAUAUCGAGGAGUUGUGGUAUGGCCUGUUCCUGAAAACAUUGAAAUCACUGUGACACUUUUCAAGGAUCCACAUGCUGAGGAAUUUGAAGACAAGGAAUGGACUUUUGUUAUAGAAAACGAGUCACCUUCUGGCCGUAGAAAAGCUCUUGCCACCAGUAGCAUUAACAUGAAGCAGUAUGCAAGCCCCAUGCCUACACAGACCGAUGUAAAGCUGAAAUUCAAGCCUUUGUCUAAAAAAAUAGUUGCUGCCGCACUGCAGUUUUCUUUAUCUUGCAUUUUCCUGAGAGAAGGCAAAGCAACGGAUGAGGAUAUGCAAAGUCUGGCUAGUCUGAUGAGUAUGAAACAAGCUGAUAUUGGAAACUUGGAUGACUUUGAGGAAGAAAAUGAGGAAGAUGAAGAAAACCGAGUGAAUCAAGAGGAGAAGUCAGCAAAAAUUACAGAACUUAUAAAUAAACUCAACUUUUUGGAAAAGGUGGAGGAACCCCCUAUCACAAGACUGGACCCAUUUAGAGAGCUCGAUUCACAUGGAGCAAAUCCAUUUGGAGACCCAGAUGAUGACCCUGAUAUAGAAGACAGAAACAUUGGAACAACAUCAGCCACAAGACCAGAAGAGUCCUUCUAUGAUAAUGACCCCAAAAAUCCUUUUAAUGAGCAGUAUGAGAAUUCUCUCAAUCCAUUUGAUUUAAGUGAUCCUCAAGCUGACAAGAUUCCUGAAAAUAGAACAGAAGAGAUUGAACCACCAAAACCAACAAAGCGACAGAAUGUCAAACCUGUGGACAUGAGCAAGUACCUCUACGCUGAAACAACCAAAACAGAGGAGGAGGAAUUAGAUGAAUCUAAUCCAUUCUACGAGCCGAAGGCUGUACAUUCUACAAGGUAUCCAACCACAUUAGCGACAGCUUCAGUACAACAGUCUGAGACAGAUAAAAAGACAAAGAGGAAGGCUCCAUCACCUCCUUUACCUGACAAUACUUACACACCAAAGACAGAGACUGUAAAUGUGUACAUCAAACCAGCUGUUGUGGCGGAUCUAUCUUCAUCACCAAAGCCAAGCCCAAUCCCAAGUCCCGUUCUGGGGAAAAAGCCAAAUGCCACUCAGUCACUGCUUGCCUGGUGCAAAGAAGUGACAAGAAACUACAGAGGAGUGAAAAUCACAAAUUUCACCACAUCAUGGAGAAAUGGAUUGGCUUUCUGUGCAAUUCUGAAUCAUUUCCGGUCGGACUUAAUUGACUACAAAUCUCUGAAUCCUCAGGAUAUUAAAGAAAACAACAAAAAGGCUUAUGAUGGCUUUGCAAGCUUGGGAAUAUCACGAUUAUUGGAGCCUGCAGAUAUGGUUUUAUUGGCUAUUCCAGAUAAACUAUCUGUUAUGACCUACCUUUAUCAGAUAAGGGCACAUUUCAGUGGGGAAGAAUUGAAUGUGGUCCAGAUCGAAGAAAACAGCAGUAAGAGUAAAUACAAAGUUGGUAACUUUGAAACUGACACGAACAGCUCCAUUGAUCAGGAGCAAUUUUAUGCAGAGAUAAAUGAUGUUAAACAUGAGACAACAGCACAGCAACCUGGCAGUGUAUUACUUGAUACUUCAUCUCAGGAAGACUCUAUAUUUGUCAAUGACAAUGUUGGUGAGUCACAAACUGAACAUCAGACUCCUGAUGACCUUCUAAACAGAAGUACAACAAUACCUUCCUCACGAAGGACUAAAAAUGAUUCAGACUCACAAAAAUAUGAUGCUGUUGAACAGAAUACUGCUAAAAGUUCUGUAUUGGAGGAUACUAGCAAAAGUGAAAGCACAGAGCCUGCAUCACUACAAGUACAAGUACCACCAUUAUUAAACAAAAAAAAACUGCUGAAAGUAGACAUUUUAGACUUGACUGACUUGUCAGAUGUCAGUGAUCAAAAGGAACAUAAAUCACCAACACUUGUAUAUGAAAAUACGAUUACAGAAAGACACAAGAGUUCAGAGAACGCUAGCAACAGCUCUGAGCAUGAGAGACUUCAAUAUUCAGACUCUGUAGAUAGCAGAAGCCCCAGUUCUCCUGUUCGAAAAUCCAUCUCAUCUCCAGUCCACAAAUUAGGAUUUUCUUACAACAGAGAUGCAGAUCUCAUCAAGAAGAAACGUGCAACGUUGCGGUACUCAGAAUCUGAAUCAUCAAAAAAUGUCACUCCAAGUUUGAAUCAUUCGGGUCACCAGAACAGAAGUGUGGAGCUGAACUCUUCCCAACAACUGAGGGAAAUCCCUGAAGAAAAGAGGAUAGCAACAAGACAGGAAGAACUGAAAGAGCGAGCAAGACUUCUCCUGGAACAGGCAAGGAGGGAUGCAGCUUUAAAAGCAGGAAAUAAACAGUCAACCAUUCAAUCAAUAACACCAGCUCGCAACAAGCAUUUGAGUGAGCACCAAGAUGAAGAGCGACGUCGCCAGUUGAGAGAGAGAGCUCGUCAGCUAAUUGCAGAAGCUCGAUCUGGAGUUAAGAUGUCUGAUCUUCCCAGCUACAAUGAACUGACAACAGAAAAGUUGAGAGAAAGAUCAAAGGCAGCUGGAGAUGAUACUGUUGGGGUAGAUAUUAAUGAGGAAGGCGCUGAAUACUCUAUUUUGGGAGGUGGAGAGGAACAUACUAACAUUGAAACUGACCUUGAUUCUUUUGGAAGUCAAAAUAGCAGGUCAGUUGACAUGAAGCUUAAGACACUCGUAGAGGCUCAACCACAAGUGGCAAAUUCACUAUCUACUGCUGUCCAGAAAGUCUCAGCUGACAGUGCAGAACAAGAAGAACUCAAGAAUGAAGUGGAAGAUCACCGUGCUGAACGUUUGCGUAAAGCCACCGAACGUUUGCGAAGUCCUGUGGUGUUUAACAAAGAUUCAGCUGUGAGACGAACCCAUCUUCAGUCAUUUAGUCAGUAUGUAGAAAGCAGACCAGAGAUUAAAAGGCAGAGAUCAACACAAGAAGAUGCAAAGAAAGGAAAUGAGGAAAGCACGGAAAUAUGUGAAACAACCCUGAGAAAGCCAUCAGAAGAUGAAGUACUUAGUAAAGGGUUCAAAGACACCAGUCAGUAUGUUGUCGGAGAAUUGGCAGCAUUGGAGAAUGAGCAGAAACAAAUUGACACACGGGCCGCAGUGGUGGAGAAGAGUCUUCGCUAUCUCAUGGACACAGGAAACAAUAAAGAGGCAGAAGAAGCUAUGAUGCAGGAGUGGUUUGUGUUGGUGAAUAAGAAGAAUGCCCUGAUACGACGACAGAACCAACUUUCGCUUCUGGAAAAAGAACAUGAUCUUGAGAGACGCUUUGAGCUGCUAAAUAGAGAAUUACGAGCUAUGCUUGCAAUAGAAGACUGGCAGAAAACAGAAGCACAAAAAAGACGUGAACAGCUCCUGCUGGAUGAACUCGUUAUUCUGGUUAACAAACGCGACGCACUUGUCCGCGAUUUGGAUGCGCAGGAAAAACAAGCAGAAGAAGAAGAUGAACAUUUGGAACGAACUCUGGAGCAAAACAAAGGGAAGAUUGUCAAGAAGGAAGAUAAAUGUGUACUUCAGUGAGAUGCACAAACAGUGAUUCCACAUCAUUUAGAAAACAUUCAUUGUUAUUUUGAUAAAAUAUAUGCGAUGGCAUUUGAAUUAUAUAAUGUUAUAUGUAGGUUGUAAACUGUUGUAAUGUUUUAUGUUGACAGCAUUUAAUCAUCCCAAUGCCUUGCACCCACAUAUUUGGCUGCAAUCAUUGUUUUUAUGAAAUUGUAUUUUGUAAAAAAAAGCUGAGUGUAAUUGUUUUAUUUGUAUCAGUGACAUUUAAUCUUUAUCCCAUAUAUUGAGGAAGAAUUCUUACUUCUACACUGAUGGAGGGAGAAGACCAAAUUGUUGCAAAUGGAACAGGAUUGUUAUUAUUGGUUCUCAUUAAUCCUGGCUUUAUUUUUCUUUAUGUUACUUACACCUUUAUGAGACUGAUCUGCUUCAAAUUGUUCAUUGAUCAGUUUUCAAAUAUCGAAUCCCAGGAAGUGAGAGCGGAAAGUCUGGGGUUAACCCGUCAUUAUUAUCCAUGUGAAUUGCAUUUUCAAACUAAAUCAUGUUAUACAGAAUUAUAUUCAAACAGAGACAGAACCGACAGACUUUCAUUGGAAAUUAAUAAAUUGAUCGCCGGGUUCAAAUUUUCCCCCGAAAGAUGUUGGGAUUGUAAUUUUCAUUAAUUGUAAAAAGUGAAGCAGCUGGUAGAAAAAUCUAUAAAAUUCGGAAUGUUUAAGCUUGCUAGUGCUGCAUUUCAAAUACUUGGUUUUAUUUUCAUUGGGUAUUUGAACUAUCAUUUGAGCUAUAUGUCUUUUUUAAAUAUAUUUAAUAAGCUUCGACAGAACGGCCAUGUUGUAAAUGAUGUUCUCUGAAGUUAGUUUUAGUUUGAACUCUUGAAAGGGCUGAUACUGUGCACCAGUUAGUGAAAGUGACUCUCUGGUGUUUUAUGGAUGUUUAUUUAUUACCCCGAACAGCACAAUCUGAUUGCAUGAAUGACAGGUAUUUUGGAAGGUAUUUUUCUGAAACGGCUUUCGUUGCCUUGAAAAAAGGAUCGUUAUUUGUACUCCGAAAGCAAACGAAUUCUGUGGGAGCUCAAAAUCAUUCUCGGUGCAUUUUCUGCAUAAAUCUGAAGGCAGGUGGAGCUGCUGUUUGUGGGAAGGAACAUUUCUGUUUAUUUAUUCCAGGGUCAUCUAUGAAUCUUGAAUAAAACGUGAACUUUUAAGUGUU